AUGUGUUUGACUGCUCACUAUAUUGAUAAUGAUUGGAAAUCGAACAAAAAGGUUAUUAAUUUUUGUCCAAUUUCUAGUGAUAAAGGUAUAAAUAUUGGUUUGGAAAUUGAGAAGUGCUUGCAUGAUUGGGGAAUCAAUAAGGUGUUCACGAUUACUGUUGAUAAUACUUCUUCGAAUAAUACUACAUUGGUUUAUUUGAAAAGAACUAUUAGGCAAUGGGGGGAAAGUGUAGGAAAUUGUGACUAUAUGCAUAUGAGGUGCAUUGCUCAUAUAUUCAAUUUAGUGGUGCAAAAAGGCUUGAAAGAGAUUGGGCCUUCGGUGAAGAAAAUCAGAAAUGCAGUUCGGUUUAUUAGGCACUCAUCUACAAGGCUAGGCAAAUUUAAGGAGUGUUGUGAACUAGAAAAAAUAUCUAGUAAGAGCAUGUUGUGCUUAGAUGUUGCAACUCGAUGGAACUCAACAUUCUUCAUGUUGGAAGUUGCGACAACUUUUGAGAAAACUUUCUAUAGGUAUGAGUUGAUAGACUCAUCAUAUAAAAAGGAUCUUGAAGUAAGGCAUAAGGAUCUUGAAGUUGAUGAUGAUGAUGAUGAUGAGAAUGAGGAUGUGGAUGGAGAUAGAGUUCACGGGGUGCCAAAAGAGGAAGAUUGGAGGAAAGCAAAAUUAAUGUUGAAUUUCUUGAGGAUUUUUUAUGAGGCAACUAAUAGGAUUUCUGGAUCUUUAUAUGUUACAUCUAAUUUAUUUCUUCAUGAGAUUUACAAAGUGCAUGCAUUGUUGAAGGCUUUCAUAGAGGAUGAUGAUUUUGAAUUGAGUAUCAUGGCAAAGAAAAUGAAAGAAAAAUUUGACAAGUAUUGGGGGAAUCCUAGGAAGAUGAAUAAGCUCAUUUUCAUGGCUGUUGUUGUUGAUCCUCGAUACAAGUUGAAGUUGGUGAAACUUGUGUUGGCACAUAUGUACGAUGAGGAGUUGGCUAACUCAUUUGGAAAUGAAGUUGAGGCUGAAUUAGUUAACAUGUGUGGUGAUUACAGACAGUCAAUUGUCCAACAAAAUGUAGGACAUGCAGAAUUGAAAUUGAAUGCUACACGCGAUGAUAGUGAUGUAUUGAAGAAUGCUAUGAAAAUGGUGGGUUCCUUGUAUGAGACUUUUCACCAAAGGCAGGAUGAAGUCAAUGAUGUACAUAAAUAUCUUAAGGAGGAUAUUGAGAGUGGUGGGCCAAAAUUUGACCUUUUGGAUUGCAUCUGA